AACCAGACUAGCUCACUAGCUCAUCACGUCUGACGCGACAGCGACUGGCUUUGGCGUUUAGUGGUUUUGGCUCUGGUCCAUCUACUUCAAUAUCACUUUCGAUACACGUCAACGAGGCCACUUUCUGCUCGUCGAAAAGCAAGAACACCUGUGUGGAGUCUCGACCGGCACCCAAGAUGCCUUUUACAGAGGCGACAGAACAAUUCGAGCUGCCAGUCUGUCAGGAUACCCAAGUAUCAGAAGUCACUCGCAACCUCUCUCCACCACGAUCUUCGCCCAAGAAAGGGAAAAAAGAACGACGUGCACCUUCCGUAACACCUAGAAAGUUCACCAGGUUCUUCACGCCGCGGUCAUCUCAUGGCAGUCUCCCAAAUACAAGGUCUCGAAAAGUUCUGAACGAAAUUACUGGACCUGCUAUCAACCGGCACACACAAUCGAGUCCUCUUCUACCUUUUCGAGAUAUCAAUGGCCAGGAGAGUAGUCCCCUGGGUUUCACACGAGAGUCGAAGAGGAGGAAGGUCUUCCAUACACUGGAACAGUCUCCUCGGAAAGAGCUUGGUUUUGUUGGUUCGCACGAAGAUCACUCAAAUAUGGCUGGUGUUCUCUCGUCGCCCUGCGAGAGAGCUGCUAGAGGUCUGGGGUAUAUUGAUGAAGAUGAAGAAGUCGAUUCUGAAGACGAUGGAGAUGAAGAUGUUCUGCCGCAGCCUGUAAAACGCAUAUCCAGGUUACAACAGCGAGGACUUGGGGGACAAUUGCUGCACCGAAGUAUUGGAAUCCCGUCACAUCACUACUCAUAUCCUGUCAAUGACUGGCAAGAUCAUACCGCUGGGUUCCAUAGCAAGCCAGAAGAUGUUCACGUUAGCAUGAGCAUCUUGCACGAAGGAGCCCGUCGAACGAUUCCGUUCUGUGCCCGUGGUCUCAACGCUACCGACUCGACACUUGUAGCAGUAGGAGAUGAAGAAGGAUAUGUACGAAUUUUGGAAUCUGCCAAAGGCGGAGACCCUCCAUUCAGCAAGCACUGCUUUUCCGCACGGAUACAUUCCAAUGCUAUUAUCGAUAUGUCUUUCACAGAUGAUGAUAGCCGACUAGCAACCGCUUCUGGAGACCAAAGUGCUAGAGUUUAUGAUAUGCAAAAGCAAGCUACAAUCGCCAUUUUCGGUAAUCACUCAGCUUCUUUGAAGCAGAUUCGAUGGCAACCUGGGGCUAACAACAAUAACGUGUUGGCAACAUCAAGUCGAGAUGGUAGCAUCCAGUUAUGGGACCUCAGAUGCAACAUAUCUGAUGGCCCAACCAAUUGCAUAUUCGCACCUCGCGAGACGGAUCCAAUCUUCGAUGAACAUGACUACGAGGAGAAAAUUCGGUUCAAUCGGCCGGUAACCACCAUAUUUGAUGGGCACAAAUCGCUAGCAAAAGUUGCUCCCGCGAUUGGUGCCCCGGACCAAAUCAUUUACCCUGGAGAAAAAACAACAAGAUCGGGCGUUGUUUCUGUCACAGCAAUCAACUUUCUCCCGGCUGGCCGAGAACACCUCCUCAUGUCCGCCUCAGAAGCAGACGCCUCUGUCAAGCUUUGGGACAUGCGACAAAGUUCUUCCAUGGCGCGGCCCCGAGGUCCGCUUACAGCUACAUCACAACCUCAAUCGCACAGCAAGUGGCGCCAUUUCGGAAUCAAUACUCUUAACAUCAGCGGUGAUGGAAGCAGAUUUUAUACUUUGUGUAAAGACAACACUAUUUACGCCUACUCUACCGAACACCUCAUGUUAGGUCAUGCUCCUGAGCUGUCCAGCAUUCAUCCGCCUCGCGCAUCAUCGCAAGUUAGCACGCAAGAGGGACUUGGUCCACUUUACGGUUUCAGACACGCAAAGCUUCAUGCUACAACCUUCUACGUAAAGUCAGACAUACGCAAAGCCAAGAAUGGAAAGUGUGAGAUUUUAGCAGUUGGCAGUAGUGAUGGCUUCACAAUACUUUUUCCUACCGACGAGCGCUACCUGCCUCUCCAAAAUCAAGCUCAACAAAAGGAAUUAUCGACAGAAAGUGGCCAACCCCUACGCCUACUUGAGAGCCGGCCAACUCUUCGCAGAGUUAGUAGUGGACUUAGCACGCUUGCUGACGACUCUCUUGUCGUUUCAGAUAAUGGUACAGCACUAGUUCGGGGCCAUGAUCGCGAAGUUGGUUCCGUAUCUUGGACAUCUGCCGGAGACUUGGUCACUGUUGGGGACGACUACCUGAUUCGGUGCUGGAGAGAGGAAGGCGAUGAUGCAAGAGAUUUGAGAAUUGGUGGAGAGAAGGAUGGGCGGAGGUGGGGUUCCGGGUGGGCGGACGUAGAGGAAGGCUAUGAUGACGCUGAUGAGGAAUUAAGGGUUUGAUGUGCUGUCUUUGCAAUUUGGAAAUGAUAGACUGGCGUUCAUCAAGAUGGCGUACCAGGAUAUUCUGUUUCUGCAGGUGCGAUAGAGGUACGAAACAAUGCUGGUGUAUAGGAGUGUGAGAUCGUGAAAGGUAGAA